UAGAAAAUCAGUUCUCGGAGAUAGGAGGGAAGAGUGGGAAAAGAAUUGCUUUAUAGCAUAGGAAAUAAAUCUUCCUCCUUCAAACUCAUGACUGAGUUUGUGGAAUUGUUCUGGAAAAAACCUUAACAUUGGUAUGAAUCUGGAAUAUUGGAUCCCAUUUGGAAAAUCUGAUCCCAAAAUAGUGAAGAGGUCGUAGCAAUCGAAAAUUUGUGCUGGUCGUUUUUAAUAGGAUUGCUUUGCAAGUUAUAUAAUUGUACUCAAUUUAGUAUUGCAACUUGAAGAAAGCCUUCAGCAGUGACUGGUUGGAUAUUACUGCAUUGUAGGCUUUUCUCGAAAACUAACUUCUCCGUCAUUAGCAAACGCAGGAACAAGUUAAUCAACUCAAAAGUGCUGGUUGGGCAUUGUUCCAACUGAAUUAUUCCAUGAUGAAAAUAAUGUUUGUGUCCUCACAUCCCACAAACUUAACUACUGUUUAAUCUCUCUUAACUCUUAAUAAUAAGAAGAAUUUCAGCAUCAGCCUGAGUGGUGAUAGUGGUAAUGUUCACGUCCACAUGGGGAAUUUCCCACGGUUCUGACAGCACUGACCUUUGCAGCAAACAAUGAAAAGAACGUUUUUCUAUUCGUUCUGCUUCCUGUGGGCAAAUAUUCUAUUCCUCGCGGUCUGUAGCAAACCCUCGUAACCCUUCCAGGUGCAGGGUAGCUAAAACAAAACCAGAUUUAUCUCCAGUAAUAUUUACCUUACCUGUAAUCCGUUAUCGCCCAUCUUAUUCUGGCUCCAAACAGGAUCUGUUUAUUCUUUUCCCUACUGAAUGAAAAGCCAACCUGGUCAAACUGUCAGUUUGAGCAAAAGACAUAGGAUAUAUGUCGCAUGGAGUAUUUAUUGUGUAGUUCAGCUCUGAAAACAUUGUUAAAAGUAUUGGUUCUUAUUUGCUGUUCCAAAUUGAAAUCAUAAUUGUAAUUAGCUGCCAGCUUUCUUUGAUCAGACUUGCUUCCUGUUGAAAAUAAUGUAUUUAUUACUCAUAAUGACCUACAGUCACGGUUUUUGAUCACUGAGCUCUUUUUGACUUGAUCCUGCCAGCUCCUUCCCAUCUCCUUUGUUCCCCUUUAUGAAAGCAGUAACAGUACAGGCAAGAGAGGUUCCGAAAUUCAUGUGAAGUAUUGGCAGUAUCUUAAUUUUUCUUUUCCUGAUGAUGAUGAUGUUUCCUGAGGAAUGAGAGAUAAAAUAAGUGACUAUGCGUAUGGUACAUUUCUGUGUGCUCUUCUUGCACUUCUUCUAGUGCCUUUAUCUUCUUUUUUUUUUUAAUUUCAGUAUAUUAAUCUGAUGUGUGUAUCAGCGUCUUUUUUAUCUCUGAAACAGCUCUUUCUUAAUUAUCUAAUCGCAGCAUGAACUCGGAAAGGUUUUUACAAUGUUCUACAGAAAAUAUGCUGCAGGAAGAAGUAACGGCUUUUUAGAAUGAUGGAAGGAUUCAGGCUGAAUUGAGCUGCUCUGAGAGCUGGUUCCUUUCCAUAUGACAAGAACAUGGGAACUGCUGUGAUGUGUCAGACUAAAGGUCUGCCCAGCUGGCACCUUGUGCCCAGCACUGAGCAGCCACAAGCAGAAGCCUGGGAAAUAGCAAAAAUAGGAGUGUAUUAUCCUACGUAAUCAUUUCUCUUUCUAGAGCUCAGUCGUUUCGACUAUUAAGAUGUUUAAGUCCUACUUCUCUCUUUUCCCAGGACUGCCUGAUAUCAGUGUAGAGCAAAUCAGUUGCUUCUGCUGAAGACGGUUAGCGCUCCACAUCGAAGUGUCAAAGAUUCUGCUGCCAAAGACAGCUCUUCAGCUCCUUCUCUUGCAUGAUUCUGAUGUUAAUGUGUCCAUUAUCUCCAUGAUGGAUUACUGCGUGUCUUCUGAAAGAUGCUUGCAAAACAAGAAAGAAUUGGAGUCGAGACAGCUCAUCUCACAGAUGUGUUAUCUUAUACAUCAAAAGAGCACAGAUGAGAAUGUACAAGAGACUGUAAAAGCCCUCCAUUGGGAGGAGUUAGAUAAACACUCACCAAUAACCUGCCUGCGUUCAACCUUGUGCGCAAGUCUGAGAUAAAGAGAGCUAUAAAGGGUGAGCAGCUAGCAGGGCACCAGACUGGUCUGCCCACAACUCUCUGAGAGGUUGCAGGCCAAGUGUGCAGAGGUGCUCCUAGGAGGAAUCAGCAUGGAACCUGAGGAGUACAGACGGAGAGGGAAAGACAUGGUGGAUUACAUUUGCCAGUACCUGAGCAAUGUGAGAGAGAGACGAGUGACUCCUGAUGUACAGCCAGGUUACAUGAAAGCUCAGUUGCCAGAUUCUGCCCCAAUGGACCCAGAUAGCUGGGACAACAUCUUUGGAGAUAUAGAGAAAAUCAUUAUGCCUGGGGUGGUUCAUUGGCAAAGUCCACACAUGCAUGCCUACUUCCCAGCUCUUACUUCUUGGCCUUCGCUCCUUGGAGAUAUGCUGGCUGAUGCAAUUAACUGCUUGGGAUUCACCUGGGCCUCCAGUCCCGCCUGUACAGAACUGGAAAUGAAUGUGAUGGACUGGCUGGCUAAAAUGCUGGGACUUCCAGAUAAAUUCCUGCAUCACCAUCCUGAUAGUGUGGGCGGAGGAGUAUUACAGAGCACCGUGAGUGAAUCAACCUUGGUUGCGCUCCUGGCAGCACGGAAAAGCAAAAUUCUGGAGAUGAAGCUUUCUGAGCCAGACGCUGACGAGUCCUCACUCAAUUCUCGUCUCAUUGCUUACGCAUCUGAUCAAGCACAUUCUUCUGUGGAAAAGGCUGGCUUGAUUUCUCUUGUGAAGAUGAAAUUUCUGCCUGUGGAUGAGAACUUUUCCCUUAGAGGUGAAACUUUGAAGAAAGCCAUAGCAGAAGACAGAAAGAAAGGCCUAGUGCCCGUCUUUGUUUGUGCAACUUUGGGUACAACUGGUGUCUGUGCUUUUGACAGUCUCUCAGAGCUGGGUCCAAUUUGUGGUGCGGAGGGACUCUGGCUUCAUAUUGAUGCUGCAUAUGCAGGAACAGCAUUUCUGUGUCCUGAAUUUCGAUUGUUCUUGGAUGGAAUUGAGUAUGCGGAUUCCUUCACUUUUAACCCUUCUAAAUGGAUGAUGGUUCAUUUUGACUGCACAGGAUUUUGGGUUAAGGAUAAAUACAAGCUACAUCAAACCUUCAGUGUUAACCCCGUCUAUCUCAGACAUCCCAAUUCAGGAGCUGCUGUUGAUUUCAUGCACUGGCAAAUUCCACUGAGUCGUCGAUUUCGUUCUUUGAAGCUGUGGUUUGUGAUUCGGUCAUUUGGGGUGAAAAGGCUUCAAGCUCAUGUUCGGCAUGGCACUGAAACAGCCAAAUUCUUUGAAUCUUUGGUAAGAAGUGAUCCACUGUUUGAAAUUCCUGCCAAGAGACAUCUUGGACUGGUUGUGUUUCGUUUAAAGGGUCCCAACUGGCUGACAGAAAAACUCCUGAAGGAACUGAGCAGUUCUGGCAGGCUCUUCCUUAUUCCAGCAACCGUUCAUGAUAAGUUCAUCAUCCGCUUUACUGUAACAUCUCAGUUCACAACCAGGGAAGAUAUUCUGCAAGACUGGAACAUCAUUCAACACACUGCAGCCCAAAUCAUUAGCCAGCAUAAUGAAUUGCAUCACGUCAGUUCUGGUGAUGAGGCAAAAAUCCCUAAUCCAAUAUCUGAGCCUAGUUCUAGUGUUAUUAGUCGUGCUUCUCAGCUCUAUAUAGAAGAAGGAAAAUACAAAAUACCUUCCAGAAAAAUAGUAGGUCAGCCUAAAAAGUUAGAAAUGAGUCCCAGUACAUGUGUGAUCAGUCAGCAAGUGGAAGGUCAAGGGGAUCUAGAUGAUUGUUUCCCAGAAGAUGUACAAGAUGUUACCAAACAUAAGUUAACCUCUUUCUUAUUCAGUUAUUUGUCUGUUGAAGGCAAGAAAAAGACAGCGCGAUCGCUUAGCUGCAACAGUGUGCCAGUGACUGAUGUUCUUGAGCAAUGUAAUCCUAAGGCAACAGAUACUGACAAGAAGGAGCCGCCUCAUGCAAAUGCCAGAAUUCUUUCCAGGCUGCCUGAAGAGGUGAUGAUGCUCAAAAAAAGUGCCUUCAAAAAAUUGAUUAAGUUCUACAGUGUCCCAAGCUUUCCGGAGUGCAGCAUUCAGUGUGGUCUUCAGCUGCCUUGUUGCCCCCUGCAAGCCAUCGUUUAACAAAUAAAAGAGAUUGAUGCUUAAGAGCUGUCUAGGUAGAAAGAGAACCAAAGUUUGCUUAUUCAUAUGCAAUACUACAUGUGAUUUUCUUCAAUAUGCAUAUUGUGGUAACAACCUCUGAGGAAAUUCCUGUGCUUUUAUUGGUGGAUAACCGUGUGUAUUUAUAGAUUGAAGUGUCAAAUAAACCUUGUAGACAUACAACAUGAAA